AUGUCCAUCAACCUACAUUCCGCGCCAGAAUAUGAUUCAUCCUAUAAGCUCAUCCAGUUAACACCAGAGUUGCUGGACGUAAUACAGGAUCCUGCACAAAAUAAGCAGCUAAGGUUCAAAUCAUUGGACAAAGACAAGUCGGAGGUUGUGCUGUGUUCGCACGACAAGACUUGGGUACUGAAGCAGCGGAAGCAUUCAAAUACAGUUCUACUAAUGAAAGAAUUUGUUCCUGAACAACCCAUUACUUUUGACGAGACGCUGUUGUUUGGACUGUCCAAGCCGUACAUGGACGUCGUGGGAUUCGCCAAGACCGAAUCAGAAUUUGAGACCAGAGAGGCGCAGGGUGAAUUGAACUUGAAUGCAGUGCCAAUAUACAACGGAGAACUAGAAUUCUCCGAUAAAAUCGCGAAGAGGUCGUCUACAAAGGUUAUCACGACCCUGGAAGAACUACUAGAGGACUCACCAUGCUCUGCGCUAGAAGGUAUAUCAAAAUGGCGUAAGAUUGGCGGGUCAGUAAAAGAUGGCGUGUUGUGUAUUCUUUCACAAGACUUCCUUUUCAAAGCAUUGCAUGUAAUGCUGAUGAGUGUAAUGGCAGAAUCACUCGAUCUACAACACCUGCAUGUUCAGGACACUUAUCACGCGGUGGGGAAGGACAUUGAGGACGAGUUCAAUCCAUAUACAAGAGAAAUUAUCGAAACAGUGCUGAAUAAAUUUGCUGUCCAAGAGCAAGAGGCCGAAGAAAAUACGUGGCGCUUGAGAAUACCGUUUAUAGCCCAGUGGUACGGGAUUCAGGCGCUAAGGAAAUACGUUUCCGGGAUAAGUAUGCCAAUUGAUGAAUUUCUCAUUAAAUGGAAGUCUCUUUUUCCGCCUUUCUUCCCCUGUGACAUUGACAUUGACAUGCUCCGAGGCUACCAUUUCAAGCCUACCGAUAAGACCGUUCAGUAUAUAGCGAGAAGCACACUUCCGAUGGACCCCAAAGAGCGGUUUAAGGUCCUGUUUAGGCUACAAUCACAGUGGAAUUUAGAAGAUAUCAAGCCUUUAAUCGAAGAACUGAAUUCAAGAGGUAUGAAAAUAGACAGUUUCAUCAUGAAGUAUGCCCGCCGGAAAAGACUGGGCAAAAAGACCGUGGUUACGAGCAGAUAG